AUGACGUCGAACAAUGCAUUGAACGGAGCGGCUGACUCACGACCGGUUUUCUUCUUCGACAUCGAUAAUUGUCUUUACUCUAAAGCAUGUAAUAUUCACGACGAGAUGCAAAAGUUGAUCAAUAAAUUCUUCGUGACCCACCUUGAUCUCAACACAGAGGAUGCGCACAUGCUCCACCAGAAGUACUACAAAGAAUAUGGUCUUGCCAUUGAAGGCCUCACCAGACACCACAAGAUCGAUCCUCUGGCUUUCAACCGUGAAGUCGACGAUGCUCUGCCCCUCGGCGACAUUCUCAAGCCGGAUCCCAAAUUGCGAAAGCUCUUGGAGAGCCUGGACACAACCAAGGUGAAGCCUUGGUUACUGACGAACGCCUACAUCAGUCAUGGAAAACGGGUCGUCAAGCUCUUAGGGGUGGAGGAUCUAUUUGAAGGAAUCACCUACUGUGACUAUGGUCAGCUCCCUUUGGUUUGCAAGCCCAAUCAGGAGAUGUUUGCAAAAGCGGAGCAGGAGGCUGGUGCUCCGAGUACGGAAUCAUGUUACUUCGUGGAUGAUUCGCACCUCAAUUGCAAGCAUGCCGAAGCGCGAGGCUGGACCGUAGCGCACUUGGUCGAACCUGGAACGCCCAUUCCUCGGGCCCCCGCUUCGAAAUACGUGAUUUCAAGCUUGCAGGAACUUCCGACACAUUUCCCUGAACCUACGCCACGUCUCAUAUUCCGAGCUCCCUGUGGGAAGCUGCUCCUGGUCAUCGCCAUGGUUGGCCAAGACUUUUCCCCAGGAACGGUAGUCGUCUUGACCGACGGCCGGCAAGCAACCGUCCGUUUCAUAGGUCUCACUCACUUCGCGAAUGGGGAGUGGAUUGGAGUUGAAUUGACUGAGCCAACGGGCAAAAAUGAUGGCGAGGUGCAAGGAGAGCGCUAUUUUCAAUGUGAGCCAGGUUUUGGCAUGUUCAUUCGUCCAACAGCCAUAGCUUCCAUCCUUCAGCAACCUUCCCGGCAAAGUAAACAAACCGCAAGACCGGGCUCCAGCGCAAAUACAGGGAGACAAUCCCAAGCAGGAAACCAUGCAGGCGUGCGAAACACAGGGAUUCCGCCGCAGGUAGUGGCUAAGAGGCAGAGCACAACGACAGCUGGCAAUCCGCCAUCCGUUACAAAAGUCAGCUCUCGACCAUCUUUACGAUCACCGACAAAAUCCCCGACGAAACAAUUGGUCUCUUCAGCUACGUCUUCCAAUCGUUCAUCCAUUGGGGGCGCUCCACGUACCUCGGCGGUUGCACCGAACCGCCCGCGACUAGCUUCAACGACUAGAUCCUCUGCGAGUUCGCCCGCAUCUCAGCCUGCCGCACAAAAGGCGUCACGGCCGUCCAUAUCUGGAUCGGCCACAAGGCCAUCCAGGUCUGGGACAUCAAAUUCUAGCCUCUCAAAGCGGCUUUCGUUGCGACAGGUGAACCAGACGAAGGCCAUGGAUGUUAGCGAUGCCGCAACGAGUGGGGCCUCAGACGGACCGACCGAUGCAGAGUCGCUCGAGAACGAUGAAGGAAGUCCGCGACGUGAAGAAGCCACAGCAUCGCCAGCACGGGCGGCAGUAUCAUCACCCCGGCCAUCACGGCCGUCACUGUCAACCUCUCGCUCGGCAGGGUCGCGCCCCAGCGUCCCGCCUUCGGGGGCCCGUCAAGUGCAAACUGCUUCGGCAGCCGCCCGAGAAUUGGAGGAAUUGCAAACCCGAUUGCGAGUGAUGGAAAAAAAGCGAAGCGAUGACCGCGAGAAGCUCAAAAUGCUCGAGCAGCUGCAGGUUGAGCGUGACAAAUUCGAAUCAAUCAUCCAGAAGCUCCAAGCAAAGUACCAGCCCCAGCAGAUGGAAAUAACGGAGCUGCGGAAAACCCUCAAAGACACGCAAGACCGCCUGGAGCAACUGGAGCGAAUGGAGGCCGAGCAUGAAUCUCUUAUGGAGAUGGCUACUUUGGAUCGGGAAAUGGCCGAAGAGACCGCCGAAGCCUAUAAACAUGAGUGUGAGACACUCCGGCUCAAGCUGGAGGAGCUUCAGUUGGAGGUUGAAGUGCUUCGGGAAGAGAAUGAGGAGUUCGGACAAGUCACAAGCCCCGAGGAGAGAUCCAGUCAAGGCUGGCUGCAGAUGGAGAAGACGAACCAACGUCUUCGGGAGGCUCUCCUUCGACUCCGAGACAUGACCCAGCAACAAGAAUCGGAUCUCAAGGCGCAGAUCAAGGAACUUGAAGAGGACCUGGAAGAAUAUGCCGCCGUGAAGGCCGAUUACGAAGCUACCAAAGAGAAGCUCCUGGUUGCUGAGACGAACGUUCAGGACCUGAAGCAGCAGCUGGACACCGCUCUUGGAGCCGAAGAAAUGAUUGAAGAACUCGCCGACAAGAACCUGCGAUAUCAGGAGGAGAUCAAUGAGUUGAAAGCAGCCAUUGAAGACCUAGAAGCUCUACGAGAGAUCAGUGAUGAGUUGGAGACCACUCAUAUUGAAACUGAGAAGCAACUUCAAGACGAGAUCGAUUAUCGUGACACGGUCUUCACCGAGCAACUUCGCAAGAUUGCUCAGCAAGAUGAGACGAUUGAGGACCUCGAGUAUACCCUUUCCCGCUUCCGAGAGCUAGUGACCAAUCUCCAAGGCGAUUUAGAAGAUAUGCGGACUUCUCAACAGAUCACAGAGGCCGAAGCAACUGAUCUCACUCAUCGGUCACGAGCGAUGAUGGAUCUGAACAUGAAGCUCCAAGCCUCGGUGUCCAAGGCGCAAACAAAGUCCAUCGACAUGGAGUUGGGGCGCAUGGAUGCUGAGGAAGCUGCGCAACACCUUGCAAUCGUGAGGCUCUAUCUCCCUGAGUAUUUUGAGGAAGAGAAGAAUUCGGUUCUUGCCCUUCUCCGUUUCAAGCGUGUUAGCUUUAAAGCAAAUAUGAUGAACAACACCGUGCGGGAGCGUAUCUCAGAGCAAUCAUCCAUCUCUUCGCACGAAGAGAUGGUGCACGCACACGAAGUUUCCGAGCAACUUCUGUGGAUAUGGACGGUCUGUGACCGAUUCAUCAAGUAUAUCAACUCUUGUUCAACGGAGGAAUUUGGGAAGAUUCGGGUGGCCCUGUUUGAGAUGGAGCCGGUCGAGCGGACUUUGAAUUUCUGGAUCGAUAACCUGAAGAAAAACGAAAUCAGCUGCAAAAAGUUCUCGGUCGAGCUUCAUCGCUCUAUUGCACUUCUCUCGCAUUUGUCGGAAACCCUCAUUCCUUCUACCCCGGAGAUGUUUGUUGAGGAAUUGUGCAUGCGAUCGAGCCUAUGCCAGUCAUACUUUGAACAUAUGUCCGCAGUUGCUGCUUGGUUGAAAUCUUUCAUGCAUUCGAAGCUUUUGGCUUCCGCUUCGACUGAGGAAGCAGAAGGCAAUGAAGAGGCAACAUUCGCUCUCAAGCAGCUGGACUUUUUCAUAUCUCAGUCGCGUGGAUACAAAGUGGCCAUGGGCAAAGUUUUCCGAUCUUUAGAUGAUUUACGCUCACGCUCUCUUGCACUGUCAAAAGACGCCGACGAGCCAUUCCAAAAAAUGGAGACAUCGACCAAGCAACUUUCUGAACUGACUCGGAAAAUUUGCGAGAGCGUUAUCGCUCUUACUAGCGAUGAGGGUCGAACUGAAGCGUUUAGCCUGGCUGAAAUCAUUGAAGCCAUGUCAUCGGUGACUGCAUCAUUCUCAGCGCACGAGGCAGCACCCUCCGAGCCUUCUGACCCCCUUACUUUACUCGCUAACAAAGUGCGAGAAAUGGCUGGCGCUUUGGAGGAGCUUGACGCCAUCGCCGCGGAUCUUUCCCAAACAACUGAAUUUGAAAGAAGGCCGUUCCCAUGGGUUGCUCGCUCAGAAGAACUCAAGUCCAACAAGACCACCUCUCCGGAUGCGGAUGAAGAGAUACGCCGGCUCAAGAAUGAAGUGCAUGAAAUUUCCACUGCCCUCGGCGUGAAAGACAAUACGCUUGAGGAGCAAAGCAUCAAGAUUGAACUCCUCGAGUCACGCAUGCGCGAGGCGAGCAAAAAAGCGGCAAUGGUCAAAGAUCUUGAAGCGAAGAUCGAAGAAGUCCAAACCAUGAGCGCUGAAAUGGAGAGAACUGUAGACUCGCAGAAGAAAGAGCUCUUGUCGAUUGAGGCCGAGCGGAACGAUUUCAAAGCUCGACUUGAAAGAAUGAAGCGCAUGUCAGGAACUGCGGGCGUCGCAGCAGCCAACGGUGGUCUCGUUAUUGACAGCGAAGCUUCGUUGGCCGCAAUGCAAGAGAAUGAGAGCCUAAGAGCUGAAGUGCAGAGUCUUCAAGCCGCCGUACGCUUUUUGCGUGAGGAAAAUCGCCGCUCAAACCUUAUGGACCCUUACUCGAUCAAACGGACUACCGACAUGCAUGCCUGGCUGGACGCACCACUGACUCGGUCCACUCCCACACCCGAGCAGGAGAAGGUCCAACGCACUGCGUUCGAAAGCAGGGACAUUCUUACACACUUGCUCCGACUCACUAGAGACUCCCGCGUGUGUGAUCUGAAAUCGAGCAUUGCCACCACUGCCGAGAAUGAACAGCCUCCCCAUCGCGCAACGUGGCGCCCGUCAAAGUCUCGUCUCCGAUAUCAGACUCUUCAACAGCGUGAACAGUAUGAACACUGGGCAGAGUGGCGUAAUGAAAUCGUCAACCAUGAGCGUGAGCAAGAUCGGAUUGCCAUGACUAAGAAAGACCGCGCUUUACGCGAGAACGUCCCCCGACGUGAACACAAGAUGUCGGUUGAUUUCCCUCACGGUAUGACACAUGGCGUGAAGGGCCGUACAUGGCAAGUUUUAGGAAUGCAGAAUGGUCAUCCCAAGGUUCCGGUCGCCAGUGAAGUUGGGUUCGAAGGAGUGAAAAUCCAUUCUUCGGAUUGA